CUCUUCUUCUGCUUCUUCUUCUUAUUUAUUAGGACAAGAAGAGAUGAUAUGUUUCUAACUAACCGGAGAAGAAUGAAUGGAAUAAGAAGAAGACAUAACUUAUAGAGUUUCUCUCUCUCAAAAAAGUUAAAAAAAAACAAUCUUUCUCUCACUUCACUUCCUUUGAGAGAGGAACUAUUAAGAUCAGAGCUUUUACACUUCAAGAUUUUUUUUCUUCACAUCUGAGCUGAGAUCUCUCUAGAGAGAAAAAUGGGAACUGCUAGUGAGGAAGCAGUCAAGCAAUUACGUACUUUAAUGGAAGAUGUUGAUGAUGAAUCACUGAGGGAGUCGUAUCGGAACAUUCAUCAAGGGUAUCCCACAGAGACCUUGUUGCGCUUCCUUAAGGCCAGGGACUAUAAUGUCCACAAAUCUCAUCAAAUGUUGCUCGACUGUUUACAAUGGAGGACCCAAAACGAGAUUGACAAUAUACUAAAUAAACCAAUUGUUCCUGUUGAGCUGUACAGAGGAAUCAGAGACUCUCAGCUUGUUGGUCUCUCUGGUUAUUCAAAGGAGGGUCUACCUGUCAUUGCCAUUGGUGUGGGGCUUAGCACAUAUGACAAAGCCUCAGUUCACUACUAUAUACAGUCUCACAUUCAAAUGAAUGAGUACCGAGAUCGUGUAGUACUGCCAUCUGCUACAAAGAAACAGGGACGACCAAUCUGCACCUGUUUGAAAGUUUUGGAUAUGUCUGGUCUAAAGUUUUCAGCAUUAAGUCAAAUUAAGUUAAUGACUGCUAUAACCACAAUUGACGAUUUAAACUACCCAGAGAAGACGGAGACAUAUUACAUUGUCAAUGUCCCCUACAUAUUCUCGGCUUGCUGGAAAACCAUAAAGCCUCUGUUGCAAGAGAGAACCAAGAAGAAGAUUCAAGUUCUAAAAGGCUGCGGUAAAGAUGAGUUGCUUAAGGUAAUGGACUAUGAGUCUCUGCCACAUUUCUGUAGAAGGGAAGGGUCUGGAUCUGGUAGGCACAUCUCAAAUGGAACAGUAGACAAUUGUUUCUCUUUGGACCACUCAUUCCACCAAGAGCUUUACGACUAUGUCCAUCAACAGGCUCUGGUUAAAGGGUCUAGUGCACCGAUCAGACAUGGUUCGGUCCACGUUAAGUUCCCCGAGCCAGACACGGAAGGCACCAAGAUAUUCGACACCUUAGAAUCUGAGUUCCAGAAGCUUGGAAAUGACAAGGCCUGAUAAAGAUGAACCCAAAAGUUAUAAGUGAAGUUAUGAGCAAAAGUAUUUUAAGAUAAGAAUCACCUCCUACUUGUUGAGCAUCACAACAAAGACUGUAUUACUAGAUUUGCUUGCAUCAGCUAAAUGCAGGUUUUGUUGGAAAAAAAAGAGAGAGAAAAACGCACAAUUUCCUCAGGAAUGGAUCUUUAUGUUCAUUUUGCAAAUAGAGAAAGCUUCUUCUUGCU